AUCAUCAUUGAUCACACCGAUGUCGGCCAUGAGUGCCAUCUACUUGCAUCUACGCAAGGAUCAGAUCCUGACGCCCGAAGACGGCGAGGCCUACGAGAGCUCUCUGCGCAGAUGGGCGGAGAACGCAGAGAAGAGGGCCAAGUUCGUUGUGUUUCCCGAAUCUGCCUCAGAUGUAUCGAAAGCGAUCCUAUAUGCAACACGCAAUGCGUUAGAUAUCGCUAUCAAGGGUGGGGGUCAUUCGUGUUCAGGCGCCUCUUCCUCCGAAGGAUUGGUUAUCGAUCUCGCGCGGCUGAACUCUGUUCGCGUCGAUGAAGGGCCUUGUCGCAUCGUCGUGGGGGGCGGCGCGGUAUGGGCUGAUGUUGAUGCAGAAGCUGCGAAAUACAAUCUGGCCACUGUAGGAGGCACGGUAAACCAUACAGGCAAGCGCAGUGUCGGUGGCCUUACGCUUGGCGGAGGGUAUGGGUGGCUCACCGCAAAAUACGGCCUCACUAUCGAUAAUCUCGAAGAGGUCGAGGUAGUACUAGCGAACGGCGAGGUGGUUACCGCCAACGAGAGCCGACAUUCGGACCUGUUCUGGGCUGUUCGGGGAGCUGGAACAAAUUAUGGCGUCGUCACAUAUUUCACAUUACGGGCAUAUCCACAAACGAACCCCAUCUGGUCCGGUCUCCUCGUAUUUCCGCCUACAGCACUAUCUGCUCUCUUUGGCGCCGCACAGAACUGGGCAAGAGCAGCGGGGGAGAAUGAGAGUGCGAUGAUUUUUAUGGCAUGCCCUCCGCCAGAAUUCAAGCCAUGUUUAGUUGUCAUUCCCUUCUAUAACGGCAGCGCAGAUGAAGGGAAAGACAAAUUCAAGGUUUUCUACGACGUCGGCCCUGUCGCGGACAUGACACAAGAGAUGCCCUAUUCAUCCCUGAAUGCCGUGCAGAACCCAAUGGCGACUCAUGGAGAUAGAAAGCUGUUCAAGAGCACCGCUUUUGCGUCGCUGGAACCUUCACGUUUUCAGCACUUGUUUGAUGAAUAUGCCAAAUUAACAACUUCUCACCCUGAAGCUGGCGCUUCCGCUCUUAUCGUCGAACUACACCCCUUCGAGAAAGUGGUGUCUGUUCCAAACUCAGCGACGUCUUUCGCUAACCGUGGACGAUGGUAUAAUAUCAACCUUGCGAUGAGGUGGAAGACAGCAGCACUGGACAGCUUUAUGCGCGCAUGGUCGGGAGAGCAGGUGGCAUACUUAGAGAACAAUGAUGACAAUACAGACUUCGCAGGCGCACGAGGGUAUUCCAACUACGGGCUCGGAGAUGAACGAGUCCGGGACGUUUUCGGCGAGAAUUACGACCGUCUCGCUCAAUUGAAGGCGAAGUAUGAUCCCGAUAAUGUGUUUCACAAGUGGUUCCCAGUGGCGCCGAAGGCUUAAUAUUGUCACCACGACACACGUCGAGCACGCUGUAAUGGAACACAUCUCAUGACGAUUCAUUGAC